AUGAUGGGCUUUGGAAUGUGGGGCAACAACGAAACAGUUGUGUGUGCUCUCCACGGAAAGAAGCGCAGCCGGGAUGCGAUGAUUGACGACGGGGUUGGAAACUUCUCUUGCCAGCCUGGCAAGGAGUGCAAGGUGACUGGGAACACGAAGCAUGUGCCCUGCACCUUCUGGCAGGCUGGCAAAUGCACGAAAGGAGAAAGCUGCAAUUUCUCGCACGAUCCGAAUGCUGUAGCAGCCGCCGAGAACGGUUACGGCGGCUGGGGAGGCUGCAACGGAUACCAGGAUGGCGGCAAAGGCAAAGGCUGGGACGCCGGCAAAGGCUGGGACAGCUGGGGAGGCUAUGGGGCCUACGGCAAAGCUGGAAUGCUGGCGAAGGGAAUGCAGAUGAUGGCUUCCAAGGGCAUGGGUAAAGGGUACGGCAAGUCCAAAGGACCUGGCAAGGAUGGAGGCUUUGGCAUUGGAGUCGGAGUAAAGGGCGGAGGCACUUUCCUUUGUGCCGUGCACGGCAAGCUUAGAAGCGCUAGCGCGGUCGUGGAGGUGGGAGCUGGCCAAUACCAAUGCAGGCCGGACUCGGAGUGCAAAGGUGCUGGCGGGGCGAGCAAAGUCAAGACCGCCAUGUGCAAGUUCUUUCUGGAGGGCAGAUGCACCAAAGGCAGCACCUGCUCGUUCGCUCAUGGCAUGGAUGAGAUUGGCAUGCCCGUGCUAGACGGCACAGGUAUUGGGGCGCCGCCCGAAGAGCCACAACUAAACAACACGCCUGAGAUGAUAGCUCAGCAGCAGCUUGCAGCGCAAGCCAAUCAAGCUCGUUUCUCACCGUACUGA